AUGACUUUAGCACCAUUUUUUGUACUAAAUUUAAAAAGUAUAAAUGUGAAACUGCAUUCACAAUACAGAAACUGUAUAAAUUAUGCAAACCGCGUGCAGCAGUGCCACUUUAGUACGAGAGGGGAACACAUUCAAUAUCCCAAAAGGCACGUUGGUGUCACAGUUGUGCCCCAACAAACUGUCUUUAUCAUAGAAAGGUUUGGGAGGUACAAGAAGACAAUUUCAGCUGGGUUGCACUUCUUAAUUCCAUUCAUUGACAAAAUCGCUUACAUCCACUCGCUCAAAGAAGAAGCCAUAGUUAUUCCCAAUCAGACGGCUAUUACUAAAGACAAUGUCAUCAUACAGAUAGAUGGCAUAUUGUAUAUAAAGUGCGUAAAUCCGUACGAUGCUUCGUAUGGCGUUGAGGAUCCAGUUUUUUCGGUGAUGCAGUUGGCACAAACAACAAUGAGAUCGGAACUAGGCAAGCUGUCACUAGAUUCCACAUUUCUAGAGAGAGAAUCGCUAAACAAGUUGAUUGUCGAGGCAAUUAACACCGCUUCCAAAUCUUGGGGCAUCACUUGUAUGAGAUAUGAGAUCAGGGAUAUAACGCCUCCAAAAAAUAUUGUCACUGCAAUGGAACGUCAGGCGGAGGCGGAGAGAAUUAAAAGAGCAGAAAUAUUGAAAUCGGAAGGCAACCGAGAAAGCGAAAUUAAUUUGGCUCAGGGAAGGAGAGAAAUAGACAUUUUGAGAGCUCAGGGAGAAGCAAUAGCCACAAAGGAGCGUGCCAAGGCAACCGCAGAGGCUAUUCACACGCUAGCUGAAGCUUUGAAGUCAUCAAAUAGCAGUAAUGCCGUGGCUUUGCGUGUGGCCGAACAAUACAUAUCCGCCUUUAAUAAUUUGGCAAAACAUAGCACAACUGUUCUGCUGCCCAGCAAGGUCGAUGACGCUGCUGGUAUGGUUGCCCAGGCUUUGGGCAUAUACAAUGCAGCAUUUAGAAAUGAUAAAAUCCAGGAAAUAGUGACCAAUGAAAAUAAACCCCCCAAAUAA